AUUUCUGAAAACCUCAAUCUCCAUGAGAGCCACCUCUUUCAAACCCCAGAGCUGCAAAGCAAUGAAGAAACCCCAAAUCCAACUCCUGCUGUACUUACUGGCAACAAUUCUAACCGCCGAUCACACCUCCGCCGCCGAUUUCAUCUUCAACGGCUUCGAAUCGUCCGACGUGUCGCUCUACGGCAACGCCACAAUCGAAUCCCGAAUCCUCACACUCACAACCGACGCAACUUUCUCCAUCGGCCGCGUUCUCCUCCCUUACAAAAUCCGAACAAAGCAGCCCAAUUCGUCGGUAGUUCUCCCCUUCUCCACAUCCUUCAUUUUCGCCAUGGCUCCUUACGCCGGCAGGCUACCCGGACACGGCAUCGUUUUCCUGUUCACCCCGCACGUGGGAAUCGAGGGUUCCAGCUCGGCGCAGCAUCUGGGCCUCUUCAACUUCAGCAACAACGGCAAUUCGAGCAACCGCGUCCUCGGCGUCGAAUUCGAUGUGUUCAAGAACGAAGAAUUUCGAGAUAUUAACGCCAAUCAUGUAGGGAUUGAUGUGAACUCACUCAUCUCUGUUGAUUCCUACGAAGCGGGCUAUUGGCCCGACGAUGGUAACUCGUUUAAGAAACUGACUCUCAAUAACGGGAGGAAUUACCAGGUGUGGAUUGAUUACGUUAACGGCGCCGUUAACGUGACAAUGGCGCCGGUUGGGAAGAAAAGGCCUAAUCAACCGUUGCUAAGUGUUCCUCUCAAUCUUUCGGAAGUUUUCGAGGAUGAAAUGUAUGUGGGAUUCACUGCAGCUACUGGAGCUUUAAUCGAGAGCCACAAGAUUUUAGCUUGGAGCUUUAGCAACACUAAUUUUUCAACUAGCGAGAGUUUGAUCACUCGUGGUUUGCCUUCGUUCGAGCUUCCGAAAACUCCGAUUCACAAGACCAGAGGCUUCGUUGCAGGUUUGGUUGUGGGCGUUUUGUUCGUCGCUGCUGUUUGCUCUGUUAUUGCUUUAUUGUUGGUCAAAAGGAAUAGGAGACUAAGAAAGAUAAAGGAGGAACUGGAGGAUUGGGAAUUGGAGUAUUGGCCCCACAGAAUCACUUACCAAGAAAUCGAAACCGCAACCAAGAACUUCUAACAAAACGUGAUCGGGAUCGGUGGAAACGGUAAAGUCUACAAAGGAAUAUUCCCUGGAGGCUCGGAAGUUGGUGUAAAGCGUAUCUCCCACGAAAGCAGCGAAGGCAUAAGGGCAUUUGUGUCAGAAAUAUCGAGCCUCGGCAGAUUGAAGCACCGGAACUUAGUGGGGUUGAAGGGUUGGUGCAAGAAAGAAAAGGGCAGCCUCAUUUUGGUAUACGAGUACAUGGAAAACGGAAGCCUCGACAAGAGGCUCUUCGAAUGCGACGAGAGCAAGAUUUUGAGUUGGGAAGAAAGAACGAGAAUUUUAAAGCAAGUAGCUUCGGGUGUUUUGUACUUGCACUACGGAUGGGAGUCGAAGGUUUUACAUAGGGAUAUUAAGGCAAGCAACGUGUUGCUCGAUAAAGAAAUGAACGCUAGGCUAGGGGAUUUCGGGCUGGCCCGUAUGCACGACCAUGAUAAGGUGGCGGGGACCACGCGGGUGGUGGGUACCGUUGGGUACUUGGCGCCGGAGUUUGUCAGAAGUGGGAGGGCUUCGAUGCAAACGGAUGUCUUCGGCUUCGGGGUGUUGAUUUUGGAGGUUGUUUGUGGGAGAAGGCCGAUCCAAGGUGGCGAGCCGCCAUUGGUGGAGUGGGUGUGGGAUCUUUUGAGGCGGGAGGAAUUGAUCACAGCCGUUGAUUCAAGGUUAAGGGCUAGAGGAAAUCUUGAUGAAGAGGAAGUCGAAAGAGUGCUUCAUUUAGGGCUACUGUGUGCUCACCCGGACCCUAGCGCAAGGCCAAGUAUGAGACAGGUGGCGAAAUUCUUCGAAGGGAAGAGUGGUCAGGUGGAUGAAUCCGAAGGGGAGGACAUGGGUAUGCACUUACUAGACAAGAUGAAAACCAAGGAGAUUUGGUCUAUGUAUCCUCAGAUUUUCAACAGCGGUUCUUCUAGUUCGCAUCCGACUUUUGAAGAAAUUAGAAAAGGGUUGUCUGAUUCGAUGUCGGUUUCUUGGUCUAGUGCAGUGGUGGAGGGGUUUGGAUUCUUUGGGAUCGGAAAAGGCGAUGUUCGUGGGCAGAGGUCGUAGAAUACAGCUUAUUUAUUAUUUGGUGUGAAAUUAUUUGGUUUGUUGAUACCUUCAUUUUUGUUGAUCUGUGUAAAAAAGAUUC